UGUUCUCCCAGAACUGAUGAUCUGCUCUUAAAGAGCUUGUCAUUUGAAUCCCCGAGAAAAAAUAUUGCGAGCUCUGGUUCAUCAUGGCAUCGGUCCUUCAGCCAUCUGGGGAUUUAAUGAGGCUGGAAGAGGCCUCAGCGAUGCCCGUCUGUCCACCCCACGACCCUGUCGCUCUGCAGUUUCCCAUGAUGCCUCAGCAAGCCUCCUCACGAGACUGGAUUGAACUCAUAUGGUAACAUUGAGCAUGUCACCGCCCACAUCUCAACCUGAAGGUGUGUUUCUCUUCUCCCCCGCCUUUCUGAGAAGCUCUUCAUUUCCAGUUUCAGUUUUGCAGCCGAUAAACCUGAAUUUCGAGUUGAGAAAGCUCUUUAAUACACCUCUGAAUGGGCGGAGGCAGAAAACAGGAACGUGCUGCUGAUAAGACGUGGAUCCAAAGUUCACACACGCACCUGAGGAUGUGGAGAUUUCCUUCAGCAGGUCAUGUGGAAGGCAGCGGAGACUAAUCACAGUGAAUGAAUAAUGUCCUGUUCAGCCUAAUGGGAUUUUUCUCUUGUUUCUGGAAGUCAAAUAUCUGGGAAGCGUCCUGAGGAAAUUAUGAGAGGACUGUGAUGUUAAUUUAAGUUUCUGGAUUGGAGAUAUUUUCACAUGUCUGGAGAUGUGUCCGCUGGGAACUGCCAUGUUUUUGCUCUGUUGUGUUGGUUGUUGGUGCCAAAACUGUAACCUGACGAAGCCUUAUUUCAAGUCCCAGAAUUUCUUCAGCGUUCUCCAUUGGGAUCCUGUUGACCUUCCAGGUCAAACGGCUCUUUACAGUGUCCAGUACAGCCCGUAUGGCAGUCCUCGUCAGCUGGUUCCGUGGUGCCAGAACAUCUCAUCUCCAGUGUGUGAUCUGACUGAUGUGAUGAGUGCAGUGGUGACCGAAGUCACCAUCACAUAUAAAGCCAUUGUAUAUGCAGGCGCACAGUGUCUGGGUGAAGUGAGGUUCUCUCCGUUUAAAGAAACCACAUUAGCGGCACCGCAGCUGACCGUAACCUCAAACCAAACCCAUCUGAAUGUGACUCUUUCUAAGCCGAGGGUUCCGUGGAAUCGCUCCAUUGAGAGCAUAAAGUAUUGGGCGGACUACAGGGAUGUGAAACGAUACCCUGUUAAAUACAUUGUUCGUCUGACCCAUCCCGGAUCACAGGAAUAUUUUAGCAGGACGUCUCCUUCAGUGUUGAUCGAGCUGCUAUGGAAAGAUGUGGAGUAUUGUGGCGAAGUGUUUUAUUCGCUCACUCAUCCCGGCUGGUUCAGACCCAGUGAAAACACCACCUUCUGUCUCACCGUCUCAGCUCCUAAUCCGUUGCUCCAUAUCUUAAUGUGGCCCAGUGUGCUGGCUGCGCUGCUGAUGGUCUUCCUAUCCGUCAUGCUCUGCCAUCGCUUUGUGAAACGAAAGCGCUCCUUACCGAAAGCUCUGAUGCUGCCAGAAAACAACACACCUCCUUUUUGGUCCGAUCCCAAAGACAACAUAUCUAAAGUGGAAAUGUGGUCCGGAAUGUUUUUUGGGAUGAAGCCUGAUCCACAAACUCCGUCUUUAACUCCGCAAAAGUCUGAGAUCACAGUUAAAGAUAAUGCAUACGCAUCCCAGGAGCCUUACCGAUGCCAACAGGACGGCCAGAUUCAGAAUAGCAGAGAGCCAUCAGAGAACUACAGCCUCUGUUUACCUGCUCAGAUGCCCAAAGAAUCAUUUAACAGCUCUGAUUCAUUCAGUCCAGAGUCUGAGUCGCCUAAAAUGAUUCAUUCAGAUACCAGUGAAUCAUUAAACAACUCUGAUACGUUCACUCCAAAGUCUGAUUCUGUUAAAUUGAUUCAAUCAGAUGCCAAUGAAUCAUUUAACAACUCCGAAUCACUCAGUUCAGAUUCUGAUUUAGUUGAAUUGAUUCAUUUGGACACCAAUGAAUCAUUUAGCAGCUCUGAUUCAUUCAUUCCAGUGACUGAUUCAGUUGAAUUCAUUCAUUCAGACGCUGAAUGCAAGACUCUAGUGGUUCCAGCGAGGCCUGAUAAGAAUGGUGCAUUACAGUUUCACGAGCUUUUCUUUCAAGAUGAAUCUUUUCCAGAUGAAUCAGCUGAACGAAUGCCUUUAUUAACUGAUCUCAUUCAGAGUGAUUCAUCUUACCUGCCUGGACAGGUUCCUAAUGUAGUAACGUCAAACUACAAGCAGAAUUGGGUGCCUGGACUUCUUCUGGAAGGACAAGAAGACAAAAGAACUUAUAUAAUGAGGACAGAAAAGACUGAGGAUAUGCCUGAAGCUGAGGAGGACUUCAGAGAGUCGGAAGAGUCUCGAAUCGGGGUGGUUUUCCUGGACAGAUGUUUGCUGGAGAUUCAGGGUUUGUCUCUGUCGUGAUAAUGACCGAUGGAGGUUGUUUUGCUCUGUUCAUCCAUGCAAGACACAGAGGAAUGAACAUCUGUUGGGUUUUGCCGACUCGUUGCAUCAGGUGGACGUGACUGAGGGAAAUGAACAUUUGAGGUCAUUUCACACAAUACACUGAAGAGAUUUACUAAUGCAGUUAUGCAGUGUUUUGGACUAUUGAUGUAGUUUGGGCCAGAUUUACUUGAAGUUGGAGACAAAUAAUUCAUGUUUAUACACUAUUUUUACACAUCUUUGAUAGCUCGUACCUUUUGUUUUGGUCAUGAUGACAGUACAUUAUAUUUGAUUUAUUUUGCUAGACACUGGUAUUUAGCUUAUAGUGACAUUUAAAGACUUAACUAGGUUAAUUAGCCUGAUCUUGUGAGAAAACUGUUUUACGUUGAUCAGUUUGGUGGCUAAUUCAUACAAAUUCAGUUCAGUUGUACAUAAAGCUUUUAAAAGGAGGCGUGGCCUCCAAACCCACCUCUAAACCCAACCGUUAUUGAGGGAUGAGCAGAUCAUACUAAAUAGUGCAAAUUAAAUCAUACAAAUUAGCCACUAAAUCAAAAACUUGCAAACUACUGUAAAAUUGUGGUGGUGUUUUUAGCCAAUUAAAAAAAUCACCCCUUUAUAAUUGGGAUAAUAAUAUUGGCCUUGUUCUUUCACAUUUUAAAAUGCUUUUUUAUUAGACGUGACUAAAGGCAAUGUCCACGGUCUAAAGUGAAACACUGAAGAGAUUUACUAAAACAGUGAGUGUUUUGGACUGCUGGUGCGGUUUGGGCCAGAUUUACUUUAAAUAUUUGCCUUCUUUGAAUUUUUUAGAUGCAUUUUUCCCAGAUCAGUGUCAUUCACAGACUAAACACCAUCAUAACACAUAAAAUAAUGCAAUAAACUUUAUUAAUCGACAUCAGAUGUGACAUAAAACUUAAAUGUGCAUAACUCAAAAACAAAACAAAAGCAACAGUCAACUAAAAAAAUGCAUGCAAUAUGUGAAAGUGAAUUUAAAGUAAUUGCCUGUAAAUGCGUAUUAAAGAACCCUACUGUUAAACGUGUUACGGAUUUUACUGUAGCAUUUUUAUAUUUAUCCAUCAUUGGAACCACAUCUUUACAGUGGAGUAACAUUAUUCAGCUUAAAGCGCAAUUUAAGGCUUAACUAGGUUAAUUGUAACUAGGCAAAUUGACUUAUUUAAUCAAGUCAUUGGACAACAAUGCUUUGCUCUGUAGACACAUGAAGCAAUAAUUCAUAAGGGGGUUAAUAAUAUCUACCUCAGCAGUUUUUACUUUGUUUAACUCCAGGCAAACUAUUAGACUUUCUCCAGUCUUUUUUCUUCCCAUAGAUGUCACAUCUGAAAUAAUGUCUUUAGUUUCAUUGUGUGUUUUUAGUAAAUCUCAAAACAAGUUUGAUUAAUCUCCAAAGAAGGUUUGUGUUUCACAAGCGCUGAGUAAAUCUGACCCUGUGACUGAAACUAAUCUGUAGCAUCGUCAUGUUCUCAAGUGUUGUUCGAGUUCAUUCAUGUGUCUGUUCUUUAACUUAUUUGAGUAUUAAAUGAAUGAAUAAUGCAAUGUGUAAUAAAUUAAAAAUGUAGAUAAACCUGAAACACAUACUAUAAAUGUUUGCUGCAUUAUUGCAUUUUUAAAAAAAUAAAACAUCUACAUUCACAUGGACUGAAAUGUGGUUAUAAUUGGAUGUUGGCGGUAAAGAUAUUCAACUUAAUCAAGCUUAAUCAUAACCACAGCAAAUGCAUUUAACUUUAACAUAUAUUUUGACUGCAGGAAAACCCAAAUACGCCUAUAAUGGCAGCAAUAAAAGCAAAUGCUUAAAUAAUGACAAUAAAUGUGAGUAAAGAGUUUUUUCUAUCAUGUAAACAUCUUACUGUGAUUUCAUUAUUGGAGCACAUGUGAACCUGCAUGUUUGUUGCAUCUGUGAGGUUUAAUCUGAACUACGUUGAAAGUCAGCAUCAAAAUACGCUCAGUAUUGAUACUUGCACAUUAUAUUUGCACAUCUGUUUGUGAUCUGACUGAAAAGUAGUGCUGCUGAACUGAAGAAAUCCAAUCAAAGGGUUUUCUCAGUCACUUUUGAAACAUGUAUUCAUGUGUGUAUUUACUAACAUUUAAUCGACACUGUUGGCUAAUUAGUGACAAAAUAGCGAUUUACUGUAAAUUGCUCCUAAAAAAAAA